GUCCAAGAGAAAGAAAACUUUGAGGCAAAGUAAUAUGAGACAAAAAAAGCAGCCACCUAGGCUAACUAUUAACACCGAAAUAACCGCUUCCAUGGACGACAAGCAAAUUAAAAGUGAAUCGGACCAUGAUGUCAACGCUGGGCAGGAUGAUUUGAUAUUGGAGGAAGACGAGUUCAUGGACUCGGAGGCGCCCAAAGAAGAGUCGAAAAUACAAGGCUUGUCCGAAGUUUCUGAAGAGUGUAGUGAUAAUAAUACGGUGGUGAAAAUGGAAAGUGAUGAACACGACGAAGAAAUGCGAGAGUUUGAAAACUCGACACCAAAGGAGCAAGAAAUAGCGAAGAGCGACGGUGAUGACGACGGUGUUGAGGAGGAUGAAGAUGGUGGAGUUGCCCCACGUCGCACACUUGCUCCCCGAAGGGCAAGAAUGAAUACGGUAUACAACAAACCUCGAGUGACUCAGGCGAGAAGGUCUUCCACGCGGAAUGCUAAAAUACCCCCUGCCACAAAUGAUUUCAAGGGAAGAGAUGUUGUGUUCGUGGAUCCCCUAGAUGCCAAGGCCGAUUUUUGGUGGCCGGCCAUGAUAGUUCCGAAUGAUGAGAUCGAUGAAUCGAUGGAUGUUGACGACAAACUUGAAGAAAAUUUGCUUGAGGGCAAGUUCCUUGUUAGGUAUUUUGAAGACAUGACAUAUUCGGUGGUGGAGGCCAGAGGGUUGAGACAUUUUAAAAUAGACGAAGGUCCGUAUCUACAAUUUUUAGAUGUAGAGGGAUUCUCCUCUCACAUCGGAGUCCGAAGGGCCUUAAAGUGUAUAAGAAACGGUGAGCCGUUGAAAAGUUUCAAGUGGGAUUACUGGAAGAGACCAGUGGAAAAUCCGGAGAUGAAUUCCUCAAAAAAAAUAGAUUCACCUGCGAAAAAAUUAAAGAAAGCGACCUCCCCAACAAAUACGGAAGCUAGUUUAGAAUUGAACCCACCAACUCGGGGUCGGGGUCAAAAACACAGUCACAAGUCAAUGAAUGGUCCUCCAUCGUCAAAUGAGGUGGAUUCACCGGCGGCUGAUGAGGGUAUGAACGUGGACAAUGAGUUAAUCAUUCCCAAUAAACGAAAAUCCUCAGUUAGUACGAGCAGCCGACGAAAUUCAAAGAGUAUUUCCUCACGCAAGAAUUCCACCACGAUAAACACUGACGAAGAAGAGAAACCUUGA